AUGACAACAAAUCUAAUUGAAUCGAUGAAUGGGGUAUUCAAAGGCAUACGAAACCUCCCGGUCACUGUUUUGGUAAAACCUACGUAUUUUAGGAUGGCUUCGUUGUUUGCCAAAAGAGACCCUUCCUCCAUUUUCAACCUUCUCAAAUUCUACGCACUUUCUCCCACUAACAUCUUCAAAGUCAAAGACCACUUCCACCAAAUUCACAAACCCACUUUAUCCCAUUGUAAUCUAAUGAUACGUGGUUGGUCCCAAACCGACAACCCCAUUGAAGCCAUUCACACUUACAACCUCAUGUAUAGGCAAGGCUUAAUUGGUAGCAAUCUCACUUACCCUUUUCUUCUCAAAACAUGUGCUCGUAUUUCACAUGUUUUCUGCACCAGAAUGGUUCAUGCUCGUGUUUUGAAACUUGGGUUUGAGUCGGUUCUCAUUGUUUCCAAUACUUUGAUUCAUGUGUAUGCGGGAUUUGGUGAAUUGGGUUUUGUGUGUAGGGUGUUUGAUGAAACGUCUGAACGGGAUUUGGUUUCUUGGAAUUAUUUGAUUUAUGGGUAUGGUCGAUGUAAGAGGUAUAGGGAGGUUUUGGGUGUUUUUGAAGCAAUGAGGAUGGCUAAUGUUGUGACAAUGGUGAAAGUUGUUUUGGCUUGUUCUGUUUUGGGUGAGUAG